AGAUGUGGCACCCAUCCGGUAUCCUGAGGAGCGCGCCAACGAAAAUCAGUUGGACAGAGUUGGCCUUCGGGAUAACUCAGCUCCUUCCUUUGCUACUUGUGUGCCUGCCUUUUUUGGAUGGUUUAUUGUUUACUGACCAUUUCUCCUCAACUUUCCUCCUCUUUCAAAGUCAUUGCCGAGGGAAUGACUCCGCCACAAAGGAUCCUCUUUCCCCCCGAGAAGAUUUGCAUGGUCUGGCAGCAAAGACAGAGUGCUGGAGCAGGACUCCUCAAUGUGGGCAACACGUGCUUCCUUAACGCUGUCCUGCAAUGCCUGACAUACACCCCGCCGCUGGCCAACUAUCUGCUCUCCCGGGAGCACAGCCAGGCCUGUCGCCAACAAGGCUUCUGCAUGAUGUGCAUCAUGGAAGCGCAUGUUAACAAGGUCCUGCAUUCAGUCAGUGCCAUCCUGCCUUGGGCUGUUCUCAGGGGUUUCAGAUUCAUAGGAGAACAUUUUCAGCUUGGCAGGGAGGAAGAUGCCCAUGACUUCUUAUGCUGUACUGUCAAUGCCAUGCAGAGAGCUUGUCUGAGUGCAAGCAACGACUUGGACAUAUCAUCUCAAUCUACUACCAUUGUCCAUCAAAUAUUUGGAGGCUUUCUGAGAUCCAGAGGUAUGUUUCUACAACAACUGCUCUCCUUGGCACUGCCUGUGCCCUUCUGUCUGCCUGUGCCCAACAGCUGGCCCUGGGACUAGCAGGACAGGUACAAUGAGCACAAAGCAGUACCAUCGUUCAGCUCACCAUUGCUCGGCAUUUUGAUUUUUCCUUCCAGUCAUCUGCUUCAGCUGC